AUGGGCGUAACACUCUCCACUGCGCGCUGGCUCGCGCCGGCCAGCUUCCUGAUCGACUUCGCCGCACAGCAAUACGGCAUGUUGUCGACCCCCAACAUGAAAGACAUUCACGACCAGAACCUGUCAUUCUUCUCGCCGCAGCCCUUCUUCAUCGCGGGCUUCUUCUUCCCGCAGCAGCUGUUCCAGCUCGGCUGGCUGUACCGGCUGUGGAAGCUGGACGAGUCCAAGCCGGCGGAGCGACGAGAGCUGGAACAGAUGGUCGACUUUGUGCCGUAUUAUGCGGUGGGGAAUCUGUGCAUUGCUGCAUGGAUGGUGGCGUGGAAUGGCGGCCGGCUGGAUAUCAGCAAUGGCUUUGUGACGAUCAAUACGCUGACGCAGCUGUUCUACGUGGCUGCGCGUCUGGGGCCGAUGAACACACAAUCGACGUCGAGCGUGCUCACUCACAUUGUCUCCAAGACCUUUGCUGGCAUUGGCGUGCUCGAUCUGUUGCACAACACGUCGGCGGCUUUUUUCAAGGAUCAGCCGGCCACGUUCGCCGUCAAGGCAUUGACCGGUGUAGGCUUUGGCCUCGGCAGCGCUGCCAGCGACUGGAUCUUUGGCGGAUGUCUGGUCUACGAUCUGGUUGCACUUGCCGUGGGUCAGUCUGGUAGCUGGAGGAACCUGCUCGGCGCGUAUGCGGUGGGAGCGGCGGGCAUUGUAACGGCUCGCAACCUUGCUAAGCCGCCGUAUGUGAGCUACUACGAAGCUUUGCCCGGGGAGGAUGAUGUGUGA